AUGAUGCAUAGUCGCGGGAGCAGCAGCAGCAGCAGCAACAGCAGCAGCAGCAGCAGCAGCAGCAGCAGCAGCGGGACUUCGCGAGCACCUCUGAGCAGCAGCAGGCUGCUGAGCUUCCGUCGCCGGGGCUGCCGCCUGCGUGCUGCUGCUGCGUGGGUCCCGUCGCUGCGGCGGGUUCCGUCGCAGCUGCUGCUGCUGCUGCUGCUGCUGCUGCUGCUGCAGCACGGCAAGAUGCUGUCCCCUUUGCUGCCCUUUGCUGCAGCAGCAUCUCAAGCUGCAGCAAGGGCCCUGCAGUCCCCUUUUGUCUCUGCCUUUGCGGGGCCCCCCAUGGGGCCCCUCGGGGCCGUUUGUUCGCGUUUCUUCGCUCCUGCUGCUGCCUCUGCUUUCAGCAGCAAACCCGCAGCAGCAGCAGCAGCAGCAGCAGCAGGUGCUGCUGCUGCGGGGGCCCCGGAGGAGUCCCGGAGUUCGUGUUUGUCGAGCGCGGCGGAGUGCCCGCCGCCUGCGUCCGCAGCAGCAGCAGCAGCAGCAGCGCCGCCCGCUGCACCCCCCCCCAGCAGCAGCAGCAGCAGCAGCAGCAGCAGCAGCAGCAGCAGAGCAGCAGCAGCAGAGCACCCGGAGUUCGAGCUGCUGCGGGACGCCUUCGUGGAGGAGUACGAGCUAGCCAUAGCUAGCUACCGGCACCGGCACUCUGGGGCGCAGGUGACGCUGCUGCAGCCAGCAGCAGCAGCAGCAGCAGCAGCAGCAGCAGCAGCAGCAGCGGAGGAAAAGGCCUUCAUGAUAGCUCUGCGGACGCCGGCUGCUGACAGCUGUGGGGCCCCACACAUCCUGGAACACGCCGUGCUGCUGGGGUCGCAGCAGUUCCCUUUAAAAGAACCUUUUUUGGAACUUUUGAAAAGUUCAACUUUUUCUUUUUUGAAUGCUUUUACAUUUCCCGACAGAACUGCUUUUCCCGCGGCGUCUGUACACUCCAAGGACCUCUUCAACUUUGCUGCUGUCUUCCUCGACGCUGUCUUCCGCCCUUUUGCUGCAGCAGACCGCCUCCCGCUGCGCCAGGAGGGCUGGCGCUUCGAGCUGCUGCCGCAGCAGCAGCAGCAGCAGCAGCAGCAGCAGCAGCAGCAGCGGGGGUUGCUGCAGCAGCAGCAGGGGGCGGGGGCGGGUGCGGGGGAGGCGCGUCGGGAGCUGCAGCGGCGCCUGCAGCAGCUCCAGCUGCUCGGCUCCCAGCAGCAGCAGCAGCAGCAGCAGCAGCAGCAGCAGGAGCUGCAGCAGCAGCAGCAGCAGCAGCAGCAGCAGCGGGAGAAGGAACUUGCUGCUUACGCCAAAGACUGUGGGGUUUGCCUCGAAAACCCUUUUCGCUGCCAACUCAAACUCCAAGGAGUUGUCCUCAACGAAAUGAAGGGGGUUUACUCUUCCGGAGAUGCUCUCCACGCCAGAGUAAACCCUAAACCCUAA